GCCUGCGCCGAGUCGCAGUCGGUUUGGGGUUGGAUCCCGGAGGGCGCGGGGCUCCGAGUAGCCGCCAGCGCGCUCGGGCAGCGGGGCCUCCGCCAUGCCCGGGAUGGUGCUUUUCGGUCGGCGCUGGGCAAUCGCCAGCGACGACCUGGUCUUCCCGGGGUUCUUCGAGCUGUCCCUGCGAGUGGUGUGGUGGAUUGGCAUUUUGACUUUGUACCUCAUGCACAGAGGGAAGCUGGACUGUGCAGGCGGCGCCCUGCUCAGCAGUUACUUGAUCGUUCUUCUUGUUCUCCUGGCAGUUAUUAUAUGUACAGUGUCUGCCAUCGUGUGUGUCAGCAUGAAAGGAACCAUCUGUAAUCCUGGACCACGGAAAUCUAUGUCCAAGCUGCUUUACCUACGCCUGGUGCUCUUUCUGCCAGAGAUGGUCUGGGCUUCUCUGGGGGCCGCCUGGAUAGCAGACGACGUUCAGUGUGACAAGACGGUGGUGAAUGGCAUCAUUGCCACCGUCAUCAUCAGCUGGAUUAUCAUCGUCUCCACUGUGGUCACCAUCAUCAUCGUCUUUGACCCCCUUGGGGGGAAAAUGGCUCCGUAUCCGUCCGCUGGCCCCAACCACCUGGAUAGUCGUGAGUCGAGCCAGCUUCUUCACGGCCUCAAGACGGCAGCUACCAGCGUGUGGGAAACCAGAAUCAAGUUCCUGUGCUGCUGUGUUGGGAAGGACGACCAUACUCGAGUUGCUUUUUCGAGUACGGCAGAGCUUUUCUCAACCUACUUUUCAGACACAGAUCUGGUGCCCAGUGACAUUGCGGCGGGCCUCACCCUUCUCCAUCAGCAACAGGACAGUAUCAGAAACAGCCAGGAGCUGGGCGAGGUGAUCAGCCAUUCCCCGGGGGCCCCCCAGGAAGCUGAUCUGGACGCCGAGUUAGCCAAUUGUCAGCAUUACAUGCAGUUUGCAGCAGCGGCCUACGGGUGGCCCCUCUACAUCUACCGGAACCCCUUCACCGGGCUCUGCAAGAUCGGCGGGGACUGCUGUAGGAGCGGGACGAUGGACUACGACCUGGUCGGUGGCGAGCAGCUGCACUGUCACUUUGGCUCCAUCCUGCACACGACGGGCCUGCAGUACAGGGACUUCAUUCACAUAAGCUUUCACGACAAGGUCUACGAGCUCCCCUUUUUAGUGGCUCUGGAUCACAGGAAAGAAUCCGUCGUGGUAGCCGUGAGAGGAACCAUGUCUCUGCAGGACAUCCUCACGGACCUGUCAGCGGAGAAUGAGACCCUCAACUUAGAGUGUGGGGUGCAAGACUGUUCGGCACACAAGGGGAUUUCUCAAGCCGCCAGAUACGUUUACCGGCGCCUCGUCAACGAUGGGAUUUUAAGCCAAGCAUUCAGCAUUGCUCCCGAGUACCGGCUGGUGGUGGUGGGCCACAGCCUGGGGGCGGGCGCCGCAGCGCUGCUGGCCAUCAUGCUCAGGAGCUCGUACCCUCUGGUGCGCUGCUAUGCCUUCUCCCCGCCCCGCGGGCUGCUCAGCAAAUCCCUUUAUGAAUACUCUAAGAACUUCAUCGUGUCCCUUGUCCUGGGGAAGGAUGUCAUUCCCAGGUUAAGUGUGACUAACCUGGAAGACUUGAAGAAGAGAAUCUUGCGAGUGAUUGCUCACUGUAACAAGCCCAAGUACCAGAUCUUGCUGCACGGGUGCUGGUACGAGCUGUUUGGAGGAAGCCCGGAUAACUUUCCAACAGAGCUGGACGGGGGUGCCCAGGCAGACCUGACGCAGCCGCUUCUGGGGGAGCAGAGCCUACUGACGCACGGGUCCCCGACCUACAGCUUCUCUAGCGACUCCCCCUUGGAGUCCCCCACCAAGUACCCCCCUCUCUACCCUCCCGGCAGGAUCAUCCACCUGGAGGAAGAAGGCACUUCAGGGAGGUUUUGCCGCUCUGCUGCUCGGUACAGUGCGAGGUGGUCACAUGAAUCCCAAUUCAGCAAGAUACUCAUCGGCCCCAAGAUGUUGACCGACCACAUGCCCGACAUCCUGAUGAAAGCCUUGGACAGCGUGGUGUCAGACGGGGCCAGCUACGUUUUCUGUCCAGCCGGAGGCAGCUCGAACGUGGACGUGGUGUAACCGGGGCUAAUGCCAACUGCUCCGGGCCCCAGACUCUCACUUCUGUUCUUAAACGGACAAAAUCAGUGAUUCCCAUGAUGCCAGUACCCCGGAUAUCCAGUGGUAGGAAUCUGAUGGGUACUAAAUUCGAUGGUCUACUAAAUCACUGAAUAAUUUGGGAAGUCAUUUUGAUCCCAGUAUUAGCAGGAUCAGUUCUCAGGAGAGAACACGGAGACGAUGGGACUCAUGUCGGAAGCUUUGGGAAGCUCCAGGGCAAUUCCUUGCUGAUCUGGGAACUGUCCCAGGAAAGGGUGGGAAUCCAAGGUCAGGUUUAAGACCCUGAGGGAUCCCUAGAUUCCCACCCCUGGUGCCACCUCUUCGCUGACAGGGUCUGACCUGUUCAGGAGUCUGAACUGGGCAUAGAUGUGCAGUUUCUUUUGCAAACUGGAUUUUCUCGGCUGCACAGACUCCGUACUCCGUCGUCAGGGCACAGGUGGGUUUUCUCCUGGGUGGCCCCAAGGGUCAGCCCCGAGGUCGGGCUGGGAACUGGGACCGCUGCCCCUGAGCACUCCAGUCGCCACAUCAAGCUGACUGCCUCGUUCGAACGUAAUAUUCUGGCUCUUGGAGGUCAGCAGUGGAUUCAGAGGGAGUUAAUAAAGCACUUACACGUGUC